ACAAAUGGCGUCGCUCAAGUGAGAAGCAGCUGAUUCCCCACCGAGUACGGCAGCACGGAGCGAGGAGGGGGAAACACACCUACCCAGGAUUUCUUUGCAACCCAACGCUCCGUUGCUUUCUGCGACAUUUGUGUCGCAGUCCGACGGCCGGUCGCCCGCAGAGCUCCGCGCUGCCGGCGCACAAACAAUCCCCCUGACAAAGCAGAGAGGAGAGGAGAGAGUCAGCUGCAGCUCGGGCUUCCUGCUGCCUUUGCUUGUUUAUCUCCUGUGCGUUUCGUUUUCGGUUGCUGCUUUGGCGACAGUAGCAGGUCAAAUGUUUCCAGGUGAACGUUUCUGGGACGUAUAAUGAACAGGGGCAUCACCCCCUCGGAGAUGUCCUCCUCCUCCUCUUCCUCUUCCUCCUAUUCCUCCGCCUGACUGACUGACUGACUGACUGACUGCCUGCUCGUCUUCGUUAAUCCAAUUCAGGAGAUCAUCUUUUCAACCCUUCCCGAGGUCGCACCUUACAAACGGUGUUGUAUCAGUCAGCCAGCUCUGUGGGGGUAAAGAUGACCACUGCACGUUACCGGCCCACGUGGGAGUUGGCUGUUGACCCCCUGGUCUCAUGUAAGCUGUGCCUUGGAGAGUUCCCUCUGGAGCAGAUGACCACCAUCACACAGUGCCAAUGUGUCUUCUGCACACUGUGCCUGAAGCAGUACGUGGAGCUCCUGAUUAAAGAAGGCCUUGAAACAGCAAUUAGCUGCCCAGACUCUGCCUGUCCCAAAAGAGGACACUUGCAGGAAAAUGAGAUUGAGUGCAUGGUGGCCACCGAGAUGAUGCAGAGGUACAAGAAGCUCCAGUUUGAACGGGAAGUGCUGCUGGACCCGUGCCGGACGUGGUGCCCCUCCUCGACCUGCCAGGCCGUGUGCCAGCUCAAGGAAUCGGAUUCUCCAGCUUUGCCCCAGUUGGUCCAGUGUGCCAUGUGCGCUCUGGAGUUCUGCUCGGCCUGCAAAGCCAACUGGCACCCCGGGCAAGCGUGCCAGGAGAGCAACCUGCCCAUUACCUCCUUCCUUCCAGGAGACAACAGCUCUUUCUAUAAGAACGAGGAGGAUGACGCCCCCAUCAAGCGAUGUCCUAAGUGUAAAGUUUACAUCGAGAGGGAUGAGGGCUGCGCACAGAUGAUGUGCAAGAACUGUAAACACGCCUUCUGCUGGUAUUGUCUGGAGUCCUUGGACGAUGACUUUCUGCUGAUCCACUACGACAAAGGGCCUUGUCGGAACAAGCUGGGCCACUCCAGGGCGUCCGUCAUCUGGCACAGAACACAGGUUGUGGGCAUCUUCGCCGGCUUCGGUCUGCUCCUGCUCGUGGCCUCCCCGUUCCUCCUGCUGGCCACUCCCAUCGUCCUCUGCUGCAAGUGCAAGUGCAGCAAGGGCGACGACGACCCGUUGCCAACCUAAACGCCGUCGGCAGAGUUGGAUCGUUGAGCUCUGUUCAAGGAUGGGCCAUCUAUUUUUCGUCCUCUUCACCCCUUUUCAUUCUUUUCCUCCCACCAGCUUUAAGAUAGCUCCAUUGUUUUGGGCUGAGCCUGCAGCAGCCCUGGCCGCUUUGGCCUGCAUGACGAGGGCAGUAAAGACUCUCAACAUGUCCUCCAGAAGAGAGGCGAGCGGUGAGCAGACGGGAGACUUGUCAAGGGACAAUUGUGUCCACGUAAAGUUGGACUUUGGAGGUUUGUGGAGGUGAAGAAAGUCUGCUCCAACCCUGACUUGGCCAUUAGUUGUGGGUUACAGUGGUGUCGUAUUUUGGGAAACAAAGGAGACGUAAAGAAAAGCUUUUCUCUUGUAUCAACACUGACAUGCAGGAGCCGCCUGAGGAAGAACUUCUUACUUUGUUGCUCGGUUUACUUUUUCUUUUGUCGUACAAAAGCAACCUUCCUCCCCACCACCAUCACCACCAUCGAUGUAGCUCUACAGAUUCGGUCAGUAGCAGAGGAGAGUCACACCACGCAUGUUCGGUGUUCUCUCGACUCGCCCACAGAGCAUGGGUUCCUUAGUCAUGUCUGCGGCUGACGUAGAGACGGGAGGGGGGGAUGGG